UCUUUUUCCUUGCCUUGCAGAACUAUAUGCGCAAGUGCAAGAGGAACUCACAAAAUCUCAGAGAACAUUCAUUGCUUAAUUAUUUUGCUUUGCUUGCAGGUAAGCGUAAGCUGGGCAGUUCACCAUUUUAAACUUGAUUUUUCUCGUGAAAAAUUAAUUUCCCUUGCAAGAAAAGUGCUCGCGAAUAAUUCUGAAAUUCGUUUUGCUUCAACCCGCGCGUUCUUGUCCUCGCCGGUCCAUGGCAGAGAAUUCUGUAAACGACCGUGUCAUUUUGCUUUUUUUGCAGACAUUUUUCGUGUUACUAGUGUUCGUUUUCAUUCCGUUCUUCUUGAAGAACGUUUUGUUGGACGACCGUGAGGAUUUCGUUGAGGACCUAGACUGAUCAAAAGAUCAGUUAAAUCUCCAAAAAUGGAUCCAUACCACCGAGAUGUCCAGAGAGGCAGAGGCCGUGGACAAUUUGGACAAACCAAUUUGCCCAAUCCAACUGGAGUGGCCAGUGGCAGUGGUCCAGACCAGAAAUACUCGAGUGGCUAUGGUUCAGAUGGGUUCUAUUCCACUCUCGGCUCAUCCAGCAUCGACGCAGCCUCCUGUGCCGGUGAUGACACAAGGAAAGUCAUUGAAGUUGCAGCUCCCGAUCAUGAUACUCGUCCUUCCUCUUUGCUCGGAAGAGGUCGAGGAAUUGUCGAAUCUCAACUACGGCAAGAAGCUAAAAUUGGCACAAGGUCUCUGCAGACCGCUCAACAGCCCAUCGAAAACUUGAUGGGGAAACUGUCCCUUGAAAAAAUCGAGAGCCUCCCUCAACAGGAACCCAUCCUAAAGCAUGGAGUGCACGGUCAAAGCAUUGACUUGUGCACCAAUUACAUUCACUUGAAUUUGAUCCAAGAUUUCAAAGGGGUUUACGAAUACGAAGUCCAGUUUGAGCCUCAAGUCGAUGCUCUUUAUGUUCGAUUUGAGCUUCUGAAGCAGUUGAAGGACUUUAUUGGCACAACUAAAACGUUUGACGGUGUUAUGUUGUACCUGCCCUUUCCCUUUGAGCAAGAGGCCAACUCCUUUGAUCUUCAGCACCCCUUUGAUGGAUCAGAUGUGAAUGUGAAAAUCGUCCUUAGAAAGAAACAAGCCAUGAGAGAUUGCAUCCAGCUUUACAAUGUUCUGCUGAAAAGAAUCAUGACUGAGCUGAAGUUGGCGCGCCUCGGCCGACACUUCUUUGAUCCGAGGGGAGCCAAAUUGAUUCCUCAACACAAGCUGGAGGUUUGGCCUGGAUAUGUGACUGCCAUUGACGAAUAUGAAGGUGGGCUUUUGCUUUGUUGCGACACAUCUAGUAGGGUUCUGCGCACCCAGACUGUAUUGGAACUCAUGUAUGAAGUUUCCAUGAAAGCUCGAGAAAGAUUUCAAACUGAAAUGAAAAAUAUGCUUUUGGGAGCUUGCGUCCUGACCAGAUACAACAACCGCCUCUACAGAAUUGACGACAUUGAUUUCUCUCUCAACCCUACCUGCACCUUUGACCGAUACAACGGAGGGUCAAUCUCCUUCAAGGAAUAUUAUCUCAAGCAUUACAAUUUGGAAAUCAAAGAUUUGAGCCAGCCCAUGCUGAUGAGCAGAAUUAAAAAGAAGCAGAAAGGGAUGGAGACAUUGGAACAAAUUGUUGUCCUGGUACCAGAACUUUGCUUCAUGACAGGACUGACUGACGAGAUGAGAAAUGACUUUAAAAUCAUGAAAGAUAUUGCAGUUUACACAAGAGUGACGCCGAACCAGCGGCACUAUGCUCUGCGCCAGUUUGUUAAUUCAGUGAGAGGCAAUGCCAAUGCAGCUGCAAUGCUUGCUAGCUGGGGCCUUGAGCUGGACUCGAAAACAGUUGAGCUUCAGGGCCGAGUUGUCGAUAGGGAAAGAAUUAUUCUUGGAGACGCUGAGAUUGACAGUGGCCCAGCUGCAGACUGGGGGAAUCAGUUGUCCAGGGGAAGGGCUUUUGAAGCAGUAGACUUGAAGAACUGGAUUGUGCUUCAUUGUCCUCGAGACGAGAGGUGUGUGAGGGACUUGAUCAUCAAUAUGCUGAAAAUGGGUCCACAAAUGGGCUGCAAAAUUGAGAGCCCAGAUCUCGUUCCUUUGCCUGACGACAGGACUACUACCUAUGUUGAGGCGCUGAGAGAUGUCAUUGAUGGAGACACAGAGUUGCAGCUCGUUCUGAUUAUGUUUCCGUCCACCAGAGACGACAGAUAUGCUGCCGUCAAAAAAAUUUGCUGCUCAGAGUUACCAAUUGCUUCUCAGGUGGUAAUUAGCAGAACCCUUUCAAGACCAGACAGAGUCCGCUCAAUCGUCCAGAAAAUUGCUCUUCAGAUUAACUGCAAAAUUGGAGGCUCUCUUUGGAGCAUCAAAAACCCCUAUAAAGGCUGUAUGGUUGUUGGUAUUGAUGUCGCCAAUCAGAAAGGCCAGCCUAGUGUGACUGGGUUUGUCAGCUCUUUGAACCCAGCCCUGACCCACUGGUUCAGUAAAGUAGCAAUCCAAAAUUCAACUCAGACCAUGAGCAAUGCACUCCAGCCAAACUUCAUCAAAGCUCUCCAGCGCUAUCAUGCUGCCAAUGGCGCACUCCCUGACAGAAUUUUUGUUUACCGUGAUGGGCUCGGCGCUGGGAUGAUGUACAACGCUCUGGAAUGGGAAGUUCAGCAAAUCAAGGAUUCUUUCCAAAAACUGUCCUCUGAGUACAGCCCAAAGCUGUCUUUCAUCGUUGUCCAGAAAAAACCAAGCACUCGUCUCUUUGCUGUGAAAGGGAACAACUUGGACAACCCUCCUCCAGGAACCAUUGUUGACCACACGAUCAACGAGAGGUACAAGUACGACUUCUUCCUCGUCUCGCAAAACGUGCGCCAAGGCACUGUGAGCCCUUCCCAUUAUAUUGUGCUCUACGACAACUCCAGCAUCAGCCCCGACCACGUGCAGCGCUUCUCGUACAAAUUGUGCCACAUGUAUUACAAUUGGCCAGGCACGGUCAGGGUCCCAGCACCAUGUCAGUAUGCAAACAAACUGGCCACUUUGGUGUGCAUGCACACAAAGAGAGAACAUCACACCAAACUGGAUGAGCGCCUCUUCUUCCUGUAAAAACCUGAUGUGAGUUUCUUCAUUUUUAUUUUUUAAUAAAAAAGCUGGAAAGCUGCUUUGGAUUUGUUCAAAUUGACACUUUGCAAGAAUGCUUAUUGUGGUGACAAUUUUAAUGCUUUUAAUCUGGAUACCCCGUUCCAAUUUGAAUUGUGAACAUUUUCAAGUUUAAUUUUUAUGAUCUGAUUGUGAAAAUAAGUGCAAGUAUUUGAAAAUAAUAAGACUACAUAUGUAACAAGAAACUAAAGAACUGGUCCAUUUGUUCCUGUCUCAUUUUCUUAAAACAAAACAGCAACUUGUUUCUUUGUCUAUGUAACUUGAUUCAAUUUAUUUUAUUAUCAUUGUCAAACUGAAUUGAAACUAUCCUCUUUUCAGAACGAAAAAACAAUUUUUAGUGCCUUUUGCCUUUUCAUUUUUAGACGCAAUUAAUAUUUCAGGCUCUUAAAAUUUUUAAAGAUGUAAUAAAGAUGUUAACAGGAAAUACAUAAAAUUAGUUAAUUAGCUCACAAAAACAGCCUUGCUUUGCUGGGCUAUAUUUUUUAGUAUAUCAAAAUACAAUAUUUUAGCAGGGCCAUGUGUAUCAUGUGUAUGGGCACUUGAUAGUUGUGUGUCACCUGGUGUCACCGUACACCAAGUUUGGCAGGACUUCUUGAUUUUUUUUGUAAAUAAUUUGUGUA